CCUGGUAAAACUCCCCCCUCCGCUUCAGAGAGCAGCCAAGGCUCCCCGGGACACGCCGAGCAGCCAGCGCUGGCAACCCCUGCCGCGGAGAGCCCCGCGGGUGCUGGCCGCUCGCUUUGCUUUGGGAGCCGAGCCGAGCAAUAGCCCGUAUGGAAGCCGGGAAAAAACGCGUUAAUUCUACCGACUGCUUAACACCACUGGGCUCAUGGGAAUAGCUGUAUCUGAGACUCCUCACGAGCACCUGAGGAUACUGUAUACAAAAAUUCUCACUGCUCUGCAGGACAUCCCCAAAGAUGCAGCAUAUAGGAAAUACACUGAACAGAUUGUAAAUGAGCGGUUUAACAUGGUAAAAACAGAACCUAAUGUGCAAAAACUAGAAGACAAAAUGAAAAGUGGUCAGAUAGAAGAAGUGAUAAUGCAGGCUGAAAGUGAGCUCUCUCUGGCAAGAAAAAUGGCACAGUGGAAACCAUGGGAGCCUUUAGUUGAAGAACCUCCUACUGACCAAUGGCGAUGGCCAAUAUAAUAGUCAGCGUUAUGUCUGUAACUACUUGAGAAUCGAAAAAAACACAAUUAAAUAUUAGUAUCAUGUUACUGAAAAUUGUUUGUCUUUAAAUUAAAGAAAAUAGCUUUUGUAUAUGAUUUGUUUUGCCUCUAUCUAUUUACAUUUAGCAGGAUGUAAAGGUCCAGUCUGACUUUCUUGCAAAAAUGCUUUGCUCAAUAGCUUAACUAAGUUUUAGUAAUCUGAUUAUUUUCUUUCCUGGCUUGCUGAUUUAACAAUAUAUUUUAGUAGAAACAGAAACUUUCUUCUGUGUAAUUAUCCUUCUUUUCUUGUCUGAUCCACUUCUUGACAUUUUAUCAGCAUGGAAGCAAUUUUCAUGUCUGACUCUGGAUUGUGGCUACACUGAACUGGCUAAGGCAAGAAGAGGAAAGGGUGAACUGCCUUUUACACACACGCUUGAUGAUCAGCCAUGGUGAGAUAAAUACAGAUAAAACUGUGUGUCAGUUUUAUACUUUUGAUUAAAUUGGUACAUUUGUAAAGUUUUGGAAGUCACUCUGGGGGAAAAAGCAAAUAAUAAAAAACAAGUCUGCAACCAAAAUUAUAUAACUACGUUUAGUAAUUUUUGCCUCCAUUAAAGUUCCACUACCCUUCCA